AGAUCCUGUGUAAAUACGUAGACUAGAGUGUACAUAACAGCACGAAAAGCAGCUUGCAAGAACAAAGCAAAAAGGACAUAUGGCUUAAGGCCAUCAGUGAAAACAUAGGUAAACGGUGAAGUUUUUCGACUGCAAGUGUGAUCAACGAGGGAGCCGCUUGGGAAACAGGAUUCGCUAACCAUACGAUUUUCCUCAAGGCCCAAGGAAAUAAAAAAAGAAGCAAAGAGGGGGAAGGCCAGGACCACCCCCGAAUCGGGGAUUUUCCCCAUCGUAGUUGCGUGAGAGUAGUGCGACGUUUCUACUAUUCACUCACUGGUGAUUGCAGGCAGCAGGUGCUUCCUCGCGGAACAAAGCGGCGGUGCCCUCGGGACAGCAAUCUAAGACUGCACGGUGCAAACGAGGAAAAUGAAUAAGCAACGGGUGAAAACACAGUAUCGGUCCCGAUAUCGGUUUCUUCCGGUCGUUGUACUGAUAGUCUUAGCCCAAUGGUGCCUACUAGAUGCAGCCGUUACAGCCGAAUCGACCGAUAUCGAGCUCGAUGCCAAGGCGAACAAAAUCCACCAGAUCGAUUCGCUCAAUCUGUUGCUUUACACCUUCCUGUUAACGCUCACCGUGCUAACGAUAUGGUUAUUCAAGCAUCGACGAGUUUCCUGGCUGCACGAAACCGGGCUAGCCGUUAUAUAUGGACUCAUCGUAGGAGCCAUCAUUCGCUAUGCGGGCACCACAACGCCUAUCAUACACGUUUCCGUGGAAGCAGAACCAGAUGCAAAGUUUAACCAGAGUCUCCCGCCGGAUACGUUAUGGCUUAAGUUUCCGGGAAACCUUCCGCAUGGUUCUGACCAGCCGGUGAAGGCAAACAAAACAUACACGUACAGCUUUCGCGGAGAGCUGGGAAAUGUGGAAGAAAAUGAGAUUGAUCUAAAGGCGACCUUCGAUCCGGAGGUGUUUUUCAACAUAAUUCUACCGCCAAUUAUAUUCCAUGCUGGCUACAGCCUAAAACGGAAAUAUUUUUUCCGCAACCUUGGAGCUAUUUUGAUGUUUGCCAUCAUCGGUACGACGCUGUCUGCGUUUUUAAUUGGCGCACUGAUGUAUGGAUUCGUUCAGCUAAUGCCAAAGUUGAAAUCGAGCUUCACUUUCCUGGACACGCUAUACUUUGGAGCGCUCAUUUCACCCACGGAUCCGUUAACGAUAUUGGCGAUCUUCAGCGACAUGCACGUGGACGUCAAUCUGUAUGCUCUUGUUUUUGGCGAAAGUGUACUAAAUGAUGCCGUUGCCAUCGUUCUUAGCGGGGCAAUUCAAAACUAUGGUGAACAUUAUUCGAGCAAUGGAGAAUUUGAAGGUCACGCAUUUCUUCGAUCGCUGGGAGAUUUCUUCAGCGUAUUUGCGUUCUCACUCCUGAUCGGUGCCUCUAUGGGCUGUGUCACAGCCAUGAUGACAAAGUUCACACGGAUACGGGACUUUCCGCUGCUAGAAUCAGCACUGUUUGUGCUGAUGUCCUACAGCACGUUUUUAAUUGCUGAAGCGGCCGAGUUAACAGGCGUUGUGGCGGUGCUUUUUUGUGGCAUAUGUCAGGCUCAUUACACAUACAACAAUCUAUCUGAUGAUUCGCGGACACGAACGAAACAGAUUUUUGAGCUGCUAAAUUUCCUUGCUGAGAAUUUCAUCUUCUCGUACAUCGGUGUAUCUAUGUUCACUUUCCCAAAGCAUCAUUUCGACCCAUUGUUCAUUUUUACGGGUUUCAUGUGCGCGGCUAUCGGACGAGCUGUAAAUAUUUAUCCCUUGUCAGCUCUACUAAACAUCGCUAGAAAACCAAAAAUUUCGUGGAACUUUCAGCAUAUGCUGUUCUUUGCUGGUUUGCGAGGUGCCAUGUCGUUUGCCCUAGCGAUUCGGAAUACAGUCUCUGACGCUCGACAGGCAAUGUUGACGACUACUUCUUUGAUAGUCAUCACUACAGUCAUCAUCCAGGGUGGUGCGGCUAAUUUUUUGCUCAACUGGCUAAAUAUCCCUGUCGGAGUGGAUGAUGAAACAGAAGUUCUGCCCUACCAAGGAGUGCGGAGUGUGUACAAUUCAAUGGAGAAUACCACCGGGUCGAUCGACGUUGGUUUAAAUCUCAGUCAACUACAAGUGAAUAGACGAGCAAGCUCUCUGGAUCUGGAAAAUCCGGACAGUGAAGGAGCCACCACCCCUGGUGGAACUCGAAGGGGUCACGAGAAGGCUGUUCUAGCAAGAUUGUGGGGCAAUUUCGAUUCAAGAUAUAUGAAACCUUUGUUGACACAUUCGCGGCCGACAUUACUGGAAACUCUACCAGUUUGUUUGAGUCCUUUGGCCCGUUUACUAACUACGACCGAGCAACUAACACGGGAUGGUCCGACACGUCGAGCGGACUCCGAUUCCGAUCUGUGCAUUGAUGACGACGACCGAGCGUCACGUGGCGGUCCCGGUGAUGGCAGCGUUCGCAGGAAUUCUAUCAACCGUUUAGAAAUAAUGGAUGACGACGAGCAGGGCGCAUUUCGUGUUGCAUCUACGGCCACUUUUGCCCAACGGAUCAUGCAUCAGGGAAGAAGAGCUAGUGGGAAAAUUUUCCACUUUUAA